CUGGCCAUGAGCUAUGCUGCUGCUAUAAACAACCUCAGUGUCCCAAAUUGAAUAAUCGCAGAGCACACUCGGGAGCUCUGGACACUCGUGUUCUUUAGUAGUAGGGGAAGCUUAAUGUCGACAGUAUGGGGCAUCAGGUGAUAAUAUUUGACUUUUCUCUCAUAAGAGGACUGUGGGAAACUCGAGUCAAGAAGAACAAAGAACGUCAGAGGAAAGAGAAAGAAAGAUUAGAAAAAAGCUCACUGGAGAAGAUAAAGCAGGAAUGGAAUUUCAUACUAGAGUGCCGGAAGAAAGGCAUUCCUCAAUCAAAAUACCUCAAGAAUGGCUUUGUAGACACUGAUGAGAAGAUCUUGGACACUUAUGGCAAGACUCCUCGGCUCCAGAAGAGGCAUGCUUUGUCAGAUGAAGCAAAUAAGGAGAGAAACAAGUUUAUUUUUCAGCUUUCUGGAAAGCAGUGGACGGAAUUUCCAGAUUCUCUGAAAGAACAGAUCUAUCUGAAAGAAUGGCAUGUGUACAAUACGUUGAUACAAACCGUUCCAGCCUACAUUGCUUUAUUUCAAGAUCUGAGAGUACUUGAGUUGUCAAAAAAUCAAAUCAACCAUCUCCCAGUGGAAAUUGGCUGCUUAAAAAACCUCAAAGUUCUCAAUGUGAGUUUCAAUAAUUUGAAGUCAAUCCCUCCAGAAUUGGGUGAAUGUGAGAAUCUGGAAAAACUUGAUUUGUCUGGAAAUAUGGAAAUAACAGAGCUCCCAUUUGAACUAAGUAACCUGAAACAAGUCACAGUUGUGGAUGUAUCAGCAAACAAGUUUCAUUCUAUUCCAAUUUGUGUACUCCGGAUGUCUAAUUUGCAGUGGUUGGAUAUUAGCAGCAACAACCUGAAAGAUCUCCCAGAAGACAUAGACAGAUUAGAACAACUGCAGACGCUUCUCCUGCAGAAAAACAAGUUGACUUAUCUUCCACGAGCUCUGGUCAAUAUGCCAAAGCUCAGUUUGCUGGUUGUCAGUGGUGAUGAUCUGGUUGAGAUACCCACAGCCAUCUGUGAGUCAACCACAGGUUUAAAAUUCAUAAGUCUCAAGGACAGCCCAGUUCAAACUAUUGUAUGUGAAGACACUGAAGAAAUUAUAGAAAGUGAACGUGAACGGGAGCAAUUUGAGAAAGAGUUUAUGAAAGCAUACAUUGAAGACCUAAAGGAAAGGGAUUCUACUCCUUCCUACACUACAAAAGUAUUACUCAGUCUUCAGCUCUGAAGAUCAAAAAUCUUGAAAUCACCAAUGAAUAUCAGAAUAACUCAAUUUUUAUCCACCUGAAUUGAAAACACUGGAAAACAUAGAUGGCCAGAAGCACUUCAAAGUCAUUAUGAAUUUUUUUUUAUUUGUUACUGUAGUUGCUCCCAGUAACUACAGAUAAAACAAAGAGCAUUAGAGCCUUCAUAAGAUGCUAAACGCUAUCUUCCACGGGAUUUUCAGUUUAGAUAAGUUUCAACAACUUUCUAUACAGAAACUUUAGCAAUCCUGCUGCUUUUUUCAAGCAUAUUACAAACUUUUACCUGUUUGCAAAUUCAGAUACCAACGUAACUGAAACUUCUGUGCUAAGCAGUCUUAUAAUAUAGCAAUAUAUUAAAUAAGAUUUUAGGGACUAAGCAGCGUGAACAAAUACUAUCAGCAAAAUGAUGAUAAAGGUCUUCUACUAGUGGUUUCAGAUUACAGGAUUUUGUGGACAUUUAUUGGAAUUUUCCAAGUUAUAUAAGAAUGAGUUUGCUGGGUAAAAAGUUAUUUUGCUUGCUAUUUAAUAAUCUGUUUAUAUACAAUUAUGUAAGUGUAUAUACUGUAGAGUUUCAGAAAUACAGUUUUAAAUAUAUUUUUUGUUUAAUAAAUCAA